AUGAAUAAAGCAAUUGGAAGUUUGGAAAUGACAAUGGGUAUAUUUAUUACAUUAACUAAAGCUUAUUUAUUUCUCUUCAUUUCUAUCACAAUAAGAUGGACUUUACCGAGGAUGAGAAUGGAUCAGUUAUUAAAUCUUGGAUGGAAAUUCCUUUUACCUAUUUCCCUGGGAAAUCUCUUAUUAACAGCCUCUUCUCAACUUGUUUCACUAUAA